AUGGCCUCUUCAUCUCAGCAGUCUGAGUCGAACAACACUACACAGAAUGCCAACGCUACCAUCGGUCACAACAGCAACGACACCACCGACAACAACGACAGCAGUGACAACAACAACAGCAACAACCACAACAUUGGCAAAAACAGCCAGAAUGAUGCUCACAAUGAGCACGCUCCCGUGGCCAUAAAUGUACGCUCUACAGCAACAGCCCCUAACCCCGUACAACAUAUCCAUUACGAGUCCCUCCCAGCCCUCAACUUGAACCACCCUCCAUUCUACGGCACAUAUCGUGACUCAACCGACGGCGUCCCGCAGUACCAUCCCUUUUCCGACGACGACGACGACGACGACGACGACGACGAUGGGCAGGAGUUGGAGGAGGAGAACAGAGAGGAGUCCGAGAAUCAGUUCUCGCGAGUUCAUAGGGUUGAUCACGCCUACAGUGACCAUUCUGGCCGUGAGAGGCAGCAAAGGGGCGAGGAUGAAAGUGAUUCAGGCGGGGGUAGAAGACGUAGCAGGUGGGAAAGGAGAAGAGGGGUUGUCAUGAAGAUGAGAAAGGCAAUGAUUUGGAUUGUUGUGUUGCCGCUCCUGUUGGGUGCGUUGUGGGUUUGUAUCAAUCUGUUCAGAAAGGACGAGACUGUGUGAGGAACUUCGAAAAGACGAGUCGUCGUGGAUCAGAGAGGGAGAAAAUGCUAUCAAUGCGUAGGAGAGGGUGUUGGAGACCCGACUGGUUUGUCUUGAGAAGGG